AUGGGUUCGAAUGCAAGUAUUAUGCUUCAACAAGAAGAUUUACAAAAUAUCUGUCAACAAACAGGUUUCACUGUUAAACAAGUUCAACGUCUAUACAGUCGUUUCAAAGCACUAGAUAAACGUGAUUGUGGCUAUUUAACACGAGAAGAUCUUCAAUGCAUUCCAGAAGUCAACAUCAAUCCGUUAGGUGAACGUUUAAUUGAUGUGAUCAUGGAUGAUUACGGUGAACAUAAUAAAAUCAACUUUAAACAAUUUAUAUUCCUUCUCGCCAAAUUUCGACAAGGAAAAAUCAAAUCUUUAAUAACAGAAUACAACACUCGAGAAAGCAAAUUACGGUUUUUAUUUGAUAUGUAUGACCGUAAUCAUGAUUUGAAAAUUGAUCGAUCAGAAUUACUCGACGUGCUCAAGAUGAUGGUUGGUGGAAAUAUUCAUGAUGAUCAGAUAGCAACAAUAGCUGAUCAUACCAUUGGAGAAUUAGACAAAGAUGGCGAUCGAUCGAUAACAUUCGAAGAGUUUUGUAAAACACUCGAACGUAUCGAUGCCGAUGAGAAAAUGAGCAUGAAAUUUCUAAGCUAA